UUAUACUGCAGAUAGUUGUUGUUGCGCGCGGGCGGACGACGAGAAAAAAUUGGAAACGCGGAUGAAAACAACGGUUGAUUUUCACCCAACGCUCGUGAUUUUCGACCGCUUUUGAGUGAAGAAAAAACCCGCCUGAUUUUUAACUGCAUGUGCGUGCAAGUGUGUGUGUGACGGUGUGCGCGUGUACGUGUUCGUAUAGACGCGCUUCUCCAUUUCUGUUGUUUAGUGUGGCCCCUGUAACUACAGUAGAUACCCGUUGAAAAAAUGUGGGCGAAACGUGUGCGAUAAAGAAAAGGCCCGAUAGAAAUAUAGAAAUAUAAAGUGUGCAACGCAAGUCCGUGUCUGCAGAAAAACAGACGCGGUCAAUGUCCGCCAGUUAGCCAAGUCAAGAAGAGACAACCUACGAUCAAAACGACCUAAACUUAACUGCAACCUAAAUCCCCUUCCCCCCAAUUAACCGAAAAGCCGGCAAGACGACGUCCAAGAAGAAGCAAACUCAGCCGACGCGGCCGAAGACGAGCAGCAUGUUUAAGUGCAUUCCCAUCUUCAAGGGCUGCAACCGGCAGGUGGAGUUCGUGGACAAGCGCCACUGUUCUCUGCCGCAGGUGCCCGAAGAGAUCCUUCGGUAUUCCCGGACUCUAGAGGAGCUCUUUCUGGACGCCAACCACAUCCGGGAUUUGCCUAAGAAUUUCUUCAGAUUGCAUCGCCUGAGAAAGCUGGGACUGAGUGACAAUGAAAUUGGACGCCUGCCGCCGGAUAUACAAAACUUUGAAAAUCUCGUCGAGCUCGAUGUUUCACGCAAUGAUAUACCCGACAUUCCCGACGAUAUCAAGCAUCUGCAGAGCCUGCAGGUGGCCGAUUUCAGUUCGAAUCCGAUACCCAAGUUGCCCUCGGGCUUCUCCCAGCUGAAAAACCUGACCGUCCUGGGCCUCAACGAUAUGUCGCUCACCACAUUGCCAGCGGAUUUUGGCAGCCUGACUCAAUUGGAAUCACUGGAGCUACGCGAGAAUCUGCUCAAGCACCUGCCCGAGACAAUAAGCCAGCUGACAAAGCUUAAGCGUCUGGAUUUGGGUGACAACGAGAUCGAGGAUCUGCCUCCAUAUCUGGGAUAUCUUCCUGGUCUGCACGAGCUUUGGCUGGAUCACAAUCAACUCCAGCGAUUGCCACCGGAGUUGGGUCUUUUGACCAAACUGACCUACCUCGAUGUUUCGGAGAAUCGACUGGAGGAGCUGCCCAACGAGAUCAGUGGGCUGGUCAGUCUGACGGAUCUGGAUCUGGCCCAGAAUCUGCUCGAGGUACUGCCCGAUGGCAUUGCCAAGCUGAGCAGGCUGACCAUCUUGAAAUUGGAUCAGAAUCGAUUGCAGCGUUUGAACGAUACACUCGGAAACUGCGAGAACAUGCAGGAGCUGAUACUCACCGAGAACUUCCUAUCCGAGCUGCCCGCCUCCAUUGGCCAGAUGACCAAGUUGAGUAAUCUGAACGUAGAUCGCAAUGCACUGGAGUACCUGCCCCUGGAGAUUGGCCAGUGUGCCAAUCUGGGCGUACUCAGUUUGCGGGACAACAAGUUGAAGAAACUCCCGCCAGAGUUGGGCAACUGCACAGUGCUGCAUGUGCUCGAUGUGAGCGGGAAUCAGUUGCUAUAUCUACCCUACUCUUUGGUCAAUCUGCAGCUGAAGGCUGUCUGGCUGUCGGAGAAUCAGUCGCAGCCACUGCUAACCUUUCAGCCGGACAUAGACACGGAGACGGGUGAACAGGUACUGUCCUGUUACCUACUGCCCCAGCAGGAAUAUCAGCCAAUUACACCAGACUAUCCACCCAUGACGCUUUAUAGAUCAAGCGAAAAAUUCGAUUCGACGGAAUUCUUCAGUUAUCAGCAAAAAGCCCGUGACCUGGAAUCCGAUUCAGAGCCGUUCGAGGAGCGAGAACCGUCUCGCACCGUGGUCAAGUUCUCGGAGGAGGCCACCCAGGAGAAGGACACGCCCUUCGUGCGCCAAAAUACGCCGCAUCCCAAGGAUCUCAAGGCCAAGGCGCAGAAGCUGAAGGUGGAGCGCAGCCGGAAUGAGGAGCAUGCCAAUCUGGUCACGCUGCCGGAGGAGAACGGCACCAAAAUAGCUGAGACACCAACCGAGAUCCGAAGCAUUGCAAACAAUCACCAGCAGCCAGUGCAGCAACCAAUCGUUGGUGUAAAUUCCCAGCAUCCAGUGGUUGUGGGUGUAGUCACUCCAACCGCAACGACAGUCGCACACCCAUCAGUACAGGGUGCCUCAGAGGGACCUAGCUCUACUGCCAACAAUGUGAAAGUGGCAACAGCAGCUGUGGUCGCUGAACUAGCAGCUACUGUUGGUGGAGGCGAUGAUAUCCAGGAGGAUGACGAGCAGGAAGAUGAGUUUGAAUCCGAUCGCCGUGUAGGCUUUCAGGUGGAGGGCGAGGAUGAUGACUUUUAUAAGCGGCCACCCAAAUUGCACAGAAGGGACACCCCGCAUCAUCUGAAGAACAAGCGUGUUCAGCAUUUAACCGACAAGCAGGCCAGCGAGAUCUUGGCCAAUGCAUUGGCCUCACAGGAGCGGAAUGAUACUACACCACAGCACUCGCUUUCCGGCAAAGUGACAUCGCCCAUUGAGGAGGAGGAGCAGUUGGAAGUGGAGCAGGACCAACAGCAACAUCCUUUCGACUCCUCGCUCUCGCCCAUUCCAGCUGGCAAAACAGGAGAGGCCAGUACUGAAGCAGACAACUUGGAUGGCGUUACGGAGCUGCGUUUGGAACAGUACGAAAUCCACAUCGAACGCACUGCAGCCGGUUUGGGCCUAAGUAUUGCCGGUGGCAAAGGUUCCACGCCCUUCAAGGGCGAUGACGAUGGCAUCUUCAUAUCAAGAGUCACGGAAGCCGGACCCGCUGACCUGGCUGGCCUUAAAGUAGGCGACAAGGUGAUCAAGGUCAAUGGCAUAGUCGUCGUGGACGCGGAUCACUAUCAGGCGGUCCAGGUGCUGAAGGCCUGCGGUGCAGUGCUUGUUUUGGUGGUGCAGCGUGAGGUGACCCGAUUAAUUGGACAUCCCGUGUUCAGCGAGGAUGGCAGUGUGUCCCAAAUCUCGGUGGAAACUCGACCACUGAUGGCGGAGGUUGCCCCUCCGGCUGCAUCUAUUAGCCACGAGCGUUACAUACCGGCACCCAUUGAAAUUGUGCACCAACAGCAGCAGCAGCAGCAGCUUCAGCGACAACAGCCGAUUCAGCAGGUGGCCCCCACGCAUAGCUAUUCGGGCAAUGUGUUUGCCACACCCACCGCCGCACAAGUAGUGCAGCCUGCUGCUCCAGCUUCUGUUGCUGCCCCGAAUGGAUUGCUGCUGAAUGGCAGGGAGGCGCCACUGAGCUUCAUCCAGCUGCACACGACGCUCAUCCGCGAUCAGAUUGGCCAAGGACUGGGCUUUAGCAUUGCGGGCGGAAAAGGUUCGCCGCCGUUUAAGGACGACUGCGAUGGCAUUUUCAUAUCGCGCCUCACAGAGGGCGGUUUAGCGCACCGUGAUGGCAAAAUUAUGGUUGGCGACAGAGUGAUGGCGAUUAACGGCAACGAUAUGACCGAGGCCCAUCAUGAUGCAGCCGUCGCCUGUUUGACUGAACCGCAGCGAUUUGUGCGUUUGGUAUUGCAGCGCGAGUACAGAGGUCCUCUGGAACCGCCGACGAGUCCGCGCAGUCCGGCCGUGCUCAACUCUUUGAGCCCCUCCGGAUAUCUGGCCAACCGACCAGCUAACUUCAGUCGAUCGGUGGGGGAAGUUGAGCAGCCCUACAAGUACAACACCCUGGCUACGACCAUGCCCACACCCACGUCCACAGUGCCAGCUAGUAUAAGCAACAAUAAUAACACGAUGCCCAGCAGCAAAACCAAUGGAUUUGCAACUGCUGCUGCUGCCACGAUAGAAAGUUCUGCGGGGCAGCCAGUCCCCGCUCCUCGACGCACCAACUCUGUUCCGUUGGGAGAUGGAGACACUGGAGCGGCCUCCACCACCAGUGGUGAUUCUGGCGAGGCUCAGCCCUCCUCGUUGCGACCGCUGACCAGCGAUGAUUUUCAGGCGAUGAUCCCGGCACACUUCCUCAGCGGCGGCAGUCAGCAUCAGGUGCAUGUGGCCCGGCCGAACGAGGUGGGCGUGAGCGCCGUCACUGUGAAUGUGAAUAAGCCACAGCCAGAUCUGCCCAUGUUCCCGGCUGCACCCACCGAACUUGGCCGCGUCACCGAGACCAUCACCAAGUCCACGUUCACGGAGACGGUGAUGACGCGCAUCACCGACAAUCAGUUGGCGGAACCCCUGAUCAGUGAGGAGGUUGUGCUGCCCAAGAAUCAGGGCUCCUUGGGAUUCAGCAUCAUUGGCGGCACGGAUCAUUCCUGUGUGCCCUUUGGCACUCGAGAGCCCGGCAUUUUCAUAUCGCACAUUGUGCCCGGCGGGAUUGCCUCCAAGUGCGGCAAGCUGCGCAUGGGCGAUCGCAUAUUGAAAGUCAACGAUGCGGAUGUUUCCAAGGCCACACAUCAGGAUGCUGUUCUCGAGCUCCUAAAGCCAGGUGAUGAUAUCAAAUUGACCAUUCAACACGAUCCACUGCCACCAGGAUUCCAGAGCAUAGAAGUAGUUUAUGUAAAAACAGAGGAAGUGCUACUCAGCAAGGCGGAGGGUGAACGUUUGGGGAUGCACAUCAAGGGAGGUCUGAAUGGACAGCGUGGUAAUCCCGCCGAUCCCUCCGACGAGGGUGUCUUCGUGUCCAAAAUUAACUCGGUCGGAGCUGCCAGACGGGACGGAAGGCUUAAGGUGGGCAUGCGUUUGCUGGAGGUUAAUGGACACUCGCUGCUGGGUGCCUCGCACCAGGAUGCGGUCAAUGUGCUGCGCAACGCUGGCAACGAGAUUCAAUUGGUCGUCUGCAAAGGCUACGACAAGUCCAAUUUAAUUCAUUCCAUUGGCCAGGCCGGCGGCAUGAGCACUGGCUUCAACUCGUCUGCAUCCUGCAGCGGUGGCAGUCGCCAAGGCUCUCGUGCCUCGGAAACGGGCUCGGAAUUGAGCCAGAGUCAGAGUGUAUCCAGUCUGGACCACGAAGAAGAUGACCGUUUGCGACAGGACUUUGACGUUUUCGCCUCGCAGAAACCAGAUGGACAGCAGCCAACUGGACAAUCGGUCCUGGCAGCAGCUGCUGCCAUGGUGCAUGGCGCCUCAUCGCCUACACCACCUGCUGCCACCUCCACGACUCCCAUACCUACGCCCACACCAGUGGCAACCGCUGAUUUAACAACGGCGGACACGCCAGCCACCCAGACCGUGGCGCUCAUUCACGCAGAACAACAGGCCCAUCAACAACAGCAGCAGCAGACGCAGCUGGCUCCGUUGGGUCAGGAGAAGAGCACCCAGGAGAAGGUGCUGGAAAUUGUACGCGCGGCUGACGCCUUCACCACCGUGCCACCCAAGUCACCAUCGGAGCAUCACGAGCAGGAUAAGAUACAGAAGACGACGACGGUUGUCAUAUCGAAGCACACGCUCGACACGAAUCCAACCACCCCAACAACGCCGGCGGCACCUCUUCCCAUUGCGGGAGCCGAGUCACCGAACUCUGGUAGCAGUGCUCCUUCUCCAGCGAUUCCUGCAUCCUCGGCAGGUUCAGUGCCAGUUCCUCCUGCCGUGGCCGUGCAGACACAGACGCCAACGAGCUCUGAGGAGAAAGAUGAAGAGGAGCAGUCGCAACUACAGCAACGUGGCACCCAGACCCCUGAACGCCUGGCCCCCGGAGCACGUAACUCCUAUCAGCAGAUGCUGGAGUCCCAGGAGGAGAACCGAACUUCUGGCAAGGCCACCCAAACGGUGCCCAAGAAGGCAGAGCCCGUGUAUAUAAUAGAUGACGAGGACGAUGACGAUGAAGAGGAGGAUGAAGAUAUUUCAGGUUCCCAAAAGUUUGACGACAUAGAUGCCAUCCUGGAGGAGGACGAAGAGGACAUCGAGAGCUCUCCACCGCUGGUGCAGUCACCGCCAUCCUAUGCCGACACCGAUUCUGAUACCUUCGACCGCCGACGUGGUCGUUAUACCAGCGACUCAGAAAGUGAUUGUAGACCAUAUAAGCCAUCAAGAUCGGGACGCAGUACCCCUGAAUAUGGAGGACAUCGAAAGUCUGUUAGUUUUGACCUCAGCGGCGAUGAGCGCUCCAAAUCGGAUUACGAGCGAUCCCGCUCUCGCACACCAGAUGGUUAUACUAGGGCCUAUGAUUCGGAGCAAGAUACUCGAUCGGGACGCAGUCGUCUACCGCGGAAGGGCAUCCUGCGAGCCACUAGUCCGUGCUCCACUUUGGAAAAAACAGUUCCCAUUGUGCCCGCAGUGGCUCGCAUCCGUGAUGUAGAGUCCCCCCAAUUGCAGCGUGUUUCACGGGCCACCUCGCCAGAUCGUCCUGGUGAACUAGACCGCGAAAAUCCCUUCCGGUAUCAAACAUCCGAGGAUGAUGAGUACACGAGGAUAGCCAAGGAAGUUAGCAGAUCACCUCGUUCUCCGCGUUCAACACGCGAACACUUCUUCUUUGGCUCCUCGAGGUCCAGUGAGGAUCUACUCGAGCAAUCCCAGUCGCAGUCCAGUGGGCGCAGCACACCCAAUACCGUGAUCUCCAAAUCCACGGAGAACUUAACAGGCACUCGACCAAAAAUACCUCCACCCGUGGCUCCAAAGCCGCAGUUAAAGAAGGCGGAUCUGGUGCGGAAUGUGGCGCUGGAAACCUUCCAGAACAGCGAUGUGGGCCAAGGUGACUUUACGGUCUUUGAGCACGACGCCAGCACGAAUACGAUCCAUCCCGUGGAGGCCAAAGUUCCCGUGAGGGUGGUGGGCAAGACGAAACCGAGUCGCCCGAGGGAAUCACCACCACCGCCGCCUGUGAACUUUGCCACCCUGCCCAAGUUACCGAGUACGCCCACUUUGCGGGAGGCGGAGGAGUCAAUCUACAUGGAGGCUCUGCCACCCACACCAUCGCAGCUCCGCCCCCAUGAGUUCGUGCACGAGAACUCACCGGACAAUAUUCUCGUUUCGCCGCAGGAGCACCGCGAGUAUUUGUUGCGGGAAAAUGAGCUGAGGAAUCAGUUGCGGGCACCCUAUGAACCCGCACCACCUGUUCCAAUUGCUGGCGGCGGAUAUUCGGUAACGAAUCCCUUCCUAGAUACUUUCGACACCGACAUUGACAGCCUGCCAUUGCCACCACCGCCCACACCGCCUGCCCACCAACACACACGUCAUUUGCAUGAGCCGCCGCAGUUUCCGCCACCACUAACCGCUAACGCAUCCACGUCUCCAUCUUGUUCUUCCAAUGCUGCUGCUGGUGGCGCCACUAACCGCUUGAUGGAUUCGCCGCAACGACAGCUGCUGGUCGCCGGGUCGCCCACCCAGAUCUUUCCCACGGCCCAGAUACUGCCCGUGCAGUAUGCAAGUCUGCCGCAACCGCAGCAGCCCAACACGCUCACCCUAAAGCCCGCUUCCCCCUCUUCGACCCCUGACCCUAGACAGCCCCUUUUUAACCUGGUACUUGUGCCCGGCGACCAAGUGGCCAACAAGUCUUCGCCGGCGAUGCUCUACCUGCAAUCGCCGCAGUUAUCGUCAACACCUGCCAGCAGGGACGGAGUCGAGCAGGAGUUCACAACUAAGCCAACACCGACUAAAGUGCCUAAAUCGGUUUCCGAUAAAAAACGCUUCUUUGAGUCAGCCAUGGAGGAUCAACACAAGCCCACACAAAAGACAGACAAAGUUUUCUCAUUCCUGUCAAAGGAUGAAGUGGAAAAACUUAGGCAGGAGGAGGAGAGGAAAAUUGCAACAUUGCGCCGUGAUAAAAAUUCCAGAUUACUGGAUGCCGCCAACGACAACAUUGACAAGGAUGCUGGAGUAAAGGGCCAUGGCAACAGCAAGAGCAGUGGCGAGGAUAAUGAUGACAGCGACCAGGAGGCCAUAGCUCGCGGAGAUUCCGUUGACAACGCCGCUCUGGGGCACUUGGAUGAUGCGGAGGACAUGAGAACCGCACAAAGUCUGGCGCCGACAUUGCCACAUGCCCCCAGCAAAAUACCCAAACAGAAGCAUCAGCAGAAGUCGGAUUCGAAAGUUAAACCCAUCGAGGCAACUCCCACGCCAGUUGAUCCGCCCAAGCCCUCAUUGCUGCCCAAGCCAAAGGUCAAGGUUGUCAUUCCGCCAGCAUUGCAACAGCGUCUUAAGCAACAGCAGCAGCAACAGCAAUCCCAGCCUGAAGAGCCCUCAAUUCCGGAGGAGGAACUUCAUCAUCAGCCGGAUCCAGAUUCGCCCACCGCCCCAGGAGGCAGUCGUAUACCAAUAAGAACCCUAAAGGCCGAACGGCGCGCCUUGGCCUCGGCUGCCCGCCAAUCCGGACUUAGUGUGGAGGAGUAUCUGAAGCAACUGGAGGCGCAGGACGAUAAAGAGUCCCCGGUUUCGCCCACUACGCCCACUGGCAAAAGCCGUUCCAUGAUUAAUGCUGAGAAGCGCGCCUCAUGGCGGGCAGCUCGUCUUCGUUCACUGGAACAGGGUGCCGUAGAGGCCCAGGAUGUGAUCAAGAAUAUGCGCAAGAUGACCGACGAUCUGAUUACCCACGAGUCCAGAGCCAGCGAGGCUCAGCCGAAAAUAGUCUUUCCCAAAAUUGCCAUAAAAUCGAGCGACGGUCCAGUCAUUGUGCGCGAACGCGAGAAAAUACUCGAUGAGAAGAUUGUGCGCCGCACUGAGGAGGUGCCCUGCCCCAUUACGGGGCGACCUCAACUGCGCACCGUCGAGUACAUUGAGAAAAUCAUCGAGACGGAGGUGGAGACUUGCAAGGAGCGCAUCAUAUCCUUGGAGCUGCAAGUGCCUGAACCUGAGGACGAAGGCAGGCUAGAUGAUACGCAACCGCCGCUGGAACUCGAGGCAGAUGACUUCCAAGAAGAUGAAGAUGAAGAUGAAGAGGAUGAUGAUGAAGAUGACGAUGACGAUGACUACGAGGAUGAGGAUGAGGAGGAGGAUACCGCCUCCAUUGUGACCGUACAGGCGAACAAUGAAAAGCUGUUCCUGCGCCACGACUCAGAUACCUAUGGUCCUUCAUCCAUUGAAAGUGUUGCAUCCGGAAAGGUGCGAAUCAAGCCCACUCCUCUGUCGCUUCACCAAACUAUGGCCAAGGAGACGACCAUUGUGGAGGUCCUGAAUCCGGUUAUUGGAGGCGAUGGCAGUGCCCGCACCAUUCACGUGAGCGGUAGCUUGCCCUUCGACGAGGACGAUUUCGAGCAGGGUGCCGUGGCCGUACUUCGCAGUGAAACUUUCGUCUUGCCAGGAGCCGCCUGCGGCGGUAGGUCUGAGCUGUCAUUAAAUGCUAAAAUGAAAACCGUGCUCGAGGAGCUGCUGGAGAACGAGCGCGUCAAAUUGAAUUUGCAAAAGAGCCUCGAAGGCGAAGAGGAGGACGACGAGGAUGGCAGUGCCUAUGGCGACGCGCGGGACGAUGAGGAGAGCGCCUACGGCGAUGCCAUCGACGAUGUGGUUGACUUUGGCGGCGCCACGGUCACGAGUCGCGUUGCUAAUGACCAGGAUGAUGCCAAGAACGGUAAUCAGCAGCUGCUCGAGGAGCUGAUUAAGGACAGCAACCGCAACACAAUCAUUGCUAAAUUGGCGGGCCAAUUGUCGGACGAUGAUGAAGAGGAUGACGACGAAGAAGAGGAAGAAGAGAGCAGUGACUCCUCGGACGAGGAUAGCGAUGACUCCGACGAGGAGGACAAUGCUCAGGAGCAGCUGAAUGUCACCUACGUGCAGGGUGCCCAGGUGAUCGAGAAUCUCAAUACAUUGGCCACAGGCAGCAAGCUGCAAAAGUCACAGACGUACACGACCAUCAAGGAGGCUGAGGAGCCAAAGGAGGAAGAUACGAAACUGGAGGAGAAACUAUCUACGGAGAAGCCCUGCGGAGCUGACACCCUGGCCCAAUUGCAGGCUGAGCAACGCGCUCUGGCCGAGAUCUCAAAGCAGCUGCGCAAGUCUGUAGAGGAUUUGCUUAGCGCCGAUGGCGGUACUGUGGUGGAAACCCAAAGGACCUACACUUUGCCCGUUGCCAGCGAUAGUUCAUCCGUCGUCACAGUCACCGAGGUUGUCAAGAAGCAAAAGAAAAAGAAGGGUGAGUCUGGAGAGGAUCUGUUCAACCGCCUUCUAAGCGCCGGCGAGUCGGAGCGUCAGAUUUUCGACCGACAGCAGGGGGAGACCAUAACGACCACCACCACCACCACAGAGGCUCUGAGUUCAGAGGACAACGAGCCAAGCACCAGUGUGGUGACCACAACGCGGACCGUGUCCAACAUUGUGACCAGCGGCAUUCCAAGGCCAGAAACCAGCAAGCAGAACAACCGCAGCAGCAAUAGUAGCAACAACAAUAACCGCAACAAGAACAAGCGAAAGGGCAAAAAGAAGUAGAGGAUAUCCGGUAGCAGCUGUAAGGAAAUGGGAUAAAGUGUUGAAGUUGCGUAUACGCCGUGUGGUGGGUAUGGGUAUGAGUAUGUGAUCCGAGCGAAUCCUUACACGCACAACCUCCCGCACUCACACACACACACAGACAAAAUCCCACUACUCACACAUAGACAUAUCAGCGUGUUGGAGAAGGACUCGCUGUCAUCAUUAUAGAUACCCACUAAUUGUAUACAUAUGUAUAUUAUGGAUGUACGAUAUAUUCGCAUAUGUAUUGAUAAUUUUAAUUAAUUGUGCAAAUAACGUGUCCCUUGCAUUUACAAAAAACAAACCCAUUUGUUACUAAUCAUGAAAGUGUGUACGCAUUAAAACAAAAUAUUUUCAUUGCAAAUUAAAAUCAAAUCGAAUCGAUGAAUGAGAUAUUGCAAGAAUUUAACUGCAAAUUUAAUGUUGUGCAGCAACCACAAAGAAACGACAACAACACAAAUCGCCACACUGGGCCCAUCCGAAUUGAAUUAAUACGAAAACAUCAGGCAAAAAAACAAAAACAACACACAAAAAAAAAAAAGAAACAAAAAUCUUAUUUAAUUGAAUUAAAUAAUUUCACUUUGUUUGCAUUUAACUAUCAUUUGCAUACAGCAUCUGGUUUUUCUCCCUCUCAUUUUUUUACCAAAUGGGCUUUUCUUAUUUUCCGCAAAUUAAAUUUACGUUUUAUGUUCUAGCACAAAAAGUAGGAGCUAUCGCAAAGUCCGGGCACAGCAGCCGGACGAAGUAUUCAGGAUGAUCCUUCACGAGAACCAUCUAUAAACUUUAAGCAUUCCGACUGCCCUUGUUUUUUGGGCUUACUCUUCUUAGUUUUUUAGCCAUUAAGCAAAAUCUACAAACAACUAAACAACUAUUUCGAUACGAAAAAAAAACGAGAGCAGAGAACAUAAAUCAAAUAAUCGUAAAUAAUGUAGUUAGAAGCAGUGUUUAAGUGCGUCCAGUUGUAAUCCGUAGUAUAUGUAAUACAAGGCAUAAGCACAACUAUGACAAAUGUCCUAUGGCGAUUUCAGUUUCCACUUUUAUACAAAUGUAAAAAUAUUUACAAGCAAUUUUAUGUAAUACCUAUAUGAUAUUUAGUAUGUAAAUUCGUCUUUUUAUGAAAAACGAAAGCGAAAGAAACGCCGCAAAAUGAAUGAAAAUAAACAAA